AAAAAAUCCGGAUGCGCCCCUGGUAGCAGGAGCGGCAGGCUGCUAUUCCUGGACCUGAGUGUGUUUUUCCAGUCGCACAGAGGAGAGCGGGCUGAGAAUGUCCUCGUGUGAGGCUCGUUCAUUUCCCGCGUUACAAAUACUAAAAGUGGAUACAUUGCACACAACGCUGGGCUCGAGUUCAUCAGGCUCCAGAUAAACAUGUCCUCAUCGUAUGCUGCUACGAUAGCAGCGCUGAUUACAACAAACUCUUUUAAUCCACCCAUCAAAACCAGGACCCACGCCACUUCUAACACAGCACGGACUCGUAAGCCUAGCCAGGACCACCGCUGCCCUCAAACUGUACAGAGGAAUGCUGUUUCACCUGAGCCUCAGGGAUUUUACGAUGAGCAACAGGAGAAUCCUGCUGACUAUUGCAUAGGUGGUUACUACCCUGUAGAGAUUGGAGACAUUUUUGUUGACCGUUACCAAGUUGUUAAAAAGUUGGGAUGGGGUCAUUUCUCUACUGUGUGGCUCUGCUGGGAUAUGGUGAAAGGGCAAUUUGUGGCUCUGAAGGUGGUGAAGAGUGCUCAAACAUUCACAGAGACGGCACUGGAUGAGAUCAAACUUCUGAAAUGCGUAAGAGACAGCGACCCCAAAGAUCCUAAACGAGACAGCAUAGUCCAGCUCAUUGAUGACUUCAGGGUGACUGGAGUGAAUGGAGAGCAUGUGUGCAUGGUUCUGGAGGUUCUUGGGCACCAGCUGCUGAGGUGGAUCAUCAAAUCGAACUACACAGGCCUCCCUCUUCCCUGCGUUAAGAGCAUCCUCAGACAGGUUCUUCAGGGUUUAGAUUACUUGCACACUAAAUGCAAGAUCAUUCACACAGACAUCAAGCCAGAAAACAUCCUUCUGAGAGUAGAUGAGGUUUAUGUUCAAAAGCUCGCGGCCGACACCAAGCUGUGGCAGAUGCCCAGGUCUCCUGUAUUCACCAGCACCUCAGUGAACACAGUUUCCAGAGAAAAACAGAGUGCGCCCAAGUUACUCGGAAAGCUGACUGGGGUUUUCCACACUCUUGGGGAGUGGUCCAGCAGGAUUUCCAGAAGUCCAAUUAAGCGACUGACGAGGAAAGACAGAAGCCGACGAGGCAAGCCUGAUGUGUCCGUUUCUGUCGGUGCUACCUCUAGCACCCAUGGCUCCACUUGUCACUCUAAGCUAACAGGUUCUAACAUCACUGUAAGAAGACAGACUCUGCUGUUGGAAGACAGAUUGAAUUUAGCUGCACACAGCCUCAGAGACUCCUUCUGCUCGUGUCCAGACCUCAGCACAGAUGCUGCUGUCUCUGGAUCCAGAUCAUUGUUAUUACAUCAGACUGCAGACAGAGAUUCUCUGCUACCUUCACCAUCAUGUCCACAAGGCACCAGUGACUCAGAUGUUAUUCUGGACCUACUGAAGCCUCACAAUGCUGACAAAAUCCUCAUCAAGAUUGCUGAUCUAGGCAAUGCCUGCUGGGUGCACAAACACUUUACCGAAGACAUCCAGACGUGUCAGUAUCGUUCUGUGGAGGUCCUGAUUGGUGCUGACUAUGGCACACCUGCUGACAUCUGGAGCACUGCCUGCAUGGCUUUUGAAUUGGCCACAGGGGACUAUUUGUUCGACCCACAGUCAGGAGCCACAUUUUCCCGCGAGGAAGAUCACAUUGCCCACAUCAUUGAGCUACUAGGACCUCUUCCAUCACAGUUUGCCCUCUCAGGGAGAAAUUCUAAACGAUAUUUCAACUCUAAGGGACAUCUGCGACACAUCUCAAAGCUGAAACCAUGGGGCCUGUUUGAGAUCUUGCUGGACAAAUAUGAGUGGCCACGGGAGGAAGCUUUACAGUUUAGUUCCUUUCUCUUGACAAUGUUGGAACUGCUGCCAGAGAAAAGAGCCACAGCUGCCCAGUGUCUAACUCACCCCUGGAUUGCCUUCUAGACACACUGGCUUUGUGACAUUUAGAGCCCAGUGAACUAUCUCUGGGAUUUGGUCAGCGGUGGGUGUAGCCUGGUGCUGGCAUCAUGAGCACAGCUUUUGAUAAUGUUUAUUAGCCUGACUUGGGUUGUUUUGGUCUUUUGUUAGCUGUCUAAGUUAGGCAAUGACCAAAGUACAAUUUUGUCCUACAAGAAAAGUGCCUCAAACCAAGCGUACAAUAUCCUUAAGUUUUGAUAACAGAACAGAAGAUUUGUUUUAUUUUUUCUUCUAAAAAAGCAAAUGAAGACCUCCCCUUCUUUAUACCCAAGUAUUGAAAUGGGAACAGUGUAAAGCAGGAUUUAUUAUCCCGCAAAUAUGUCCAUCUGAGUACACAUUUCCAUUUGGGCAGAGGGGGGAGAAGGGUUUUCACCCACCCCAGAUGUGCUCCAGUGCAGUCCUCCAAGAUCCUAACUGCAUGUCGCUGGAUGCAGAUGAUGUAAGCAUCUGCUGAAUGCUGAUUGGUUGACAAGUGGGCUGGAAAAGAGAAGGAAGCAACAGCAGAGUUCACCAGGAACAGGAGAUAAAAACUUCAAAGAUAAAAAAAAAUGCGUAAUGAAAAGCACAGAGAGUGGCUACAGUGGACAUGUUUCAUUGCUUUUACUACUCUGUUUCACUUCACCUCUUUCUAUGUUGUAACUUUGCUUUUCUCUGUGGCUGGUUGAUGGAAAAACAACAACAUGAGCGACCCACAGACCAGUUGCACCACAUAUUUGUAUACUGCCUCCAUCUGGCAACAGAGCUCUCUGCAGGCAGAUGGGCAGUCCCUGAACCAGAGUAGACAACAAAUGCUUCCUCUGCUAGCUUAUAAAUCCCACUUAGGUCUGAGGUGUAGAAGGGGUGUCUUCACACAGCUCAUGUAUCAAAUUAAAAUUAUGAAAUGUAAAUAGGAUAAUUACCCACUAAGAAUAUCAGGCAAACACCUACAAAUGAUAAAGGUGAUUUAAUCAACACACAUAUUUAACCCUAAUAAAUGAUGAAAUGCUAUGCACAACAAACAGUGCGCCCUGUUUUUGUCAAGACUGAG